UUGUAUGAUCGUGUACCUUCCGCAGGUUUGAAUUGUAAUCUUAUCGGACUUCCGAUGACAUAUUCUGUGUUCGUCUUGAAAACAUUUUAUACCAGGUGACACAAUGAGUGGUUGGAAACCACCUUUACCUCGUCCACCGAGCAACACAAGUUCUUCCGGAUAUGCUCUCGGCGGAAGCGCGAUCCGGCCUCCGGCCGUUUACCACACGAAGGGAUAUUCUGCGGCUUCGACCAUGCAACGGUUUGUUGCAGCUGGGGCCAGCAGCAGUGCUGUUCGUCGUAAACCUGUGACGGAAGACGAGUAUUUCGAUGACGAUGAUGAAGAUUCCAAGCAGACCAGUUCAUCUGCGCCUUAUAAACCAAACCCCGGUUCUCCGGGUUAUAAGGAGGAUGACGAUGACGGCGAAGACGACGAAGAAGAUCCUCUUGAUGCCUUUAUGGCCGGUAUCGAGAAGGAAGUCAAGGGUGACUCGUCAAACAAACAUACUAGUGAUAGUAAAAGUUCUGCAAAGAGCAUCAAGGGGAUCCGCGACGACAUUGAAGGAGAAGAUGACGAGGAGUCGUACUACAGGUACAUAAAAGAAAAUCCGCAAGCUGGCAAAAAUGAUGACGAAUCUGACGAAGAAGUAGAAUACGAUGAAUUUGGAGAACCCAUAGUCAAGCGGAAAAAAUACAUCGAUCCGCUGCCGGCUGUGAACCACAGUGAAAUAGAAUACAAGCCAUAUACGAAGAACUUCUAUGAGGAGCAUCCGGAUAUAGAAAAGCUGAGUGAAAACGAGGUUGAAGAAUUGCGGCAUAAACUAGGAGUUAAAGUCAAUGGUGCAUCGCCACCGAAGCCAGUGUCAAGCUUCGCUCAUUUUGGAUUAGACAAGCACACGAUGGCUACGAUUCGAAAACAAGAGUUCACCAAACCAACAGCUAUACAAGCACAAGCCGUUCCUGCUGGGCUCGCGGGUCGCGACUUGAUAGGGAUUGCUAAAACAGGUUCAGGAAAAACUGCUGCUUUCAUAUGGCCGAUGUUGCCGCACAUACUCGAUCAAGAACCUUUGGCACCUGGGGAUGGACCGAUUGCGUUGAUCUUGGCCCCCACUCGGGAACUGUCGCUUCAGAUUUACAAUGAAGCGAGAAAAUACGGAAAAGUGUUCGGUCUGCGAAUAGCGUGCUGCUACGGAGGAGGAAGUAAAUGGGAACAAAGUAUUUCCCUGGAAGCUGGCGUCGAAGUUAUCGUCGCGACCCCCGGAAGAAUGAUCGACCUGGUGAAAUCUGGGGCCACGAAUCUGCGACGAGUUACGUAUCUUGUGUUGGACGAAGCGGAUCGAAUGUUCGACCUUGGUUUUGAGCCGCAAGUGAGGUCGAUAUGCGACCACGUGAGGCCAGAUCGCCAAUGUCUGAUGUUCUCUGCCACUUUCAAGAAGAAAGUCGAGAAAUUGGCGAGGCAUGCGUUGGUGGAUCCCCUGAGAAUAAUUGAUGCUGAUGCGACACGUGGAGGCGGAUCUGGUGUCAACGAAGAUAUCACACAAAUCGUGCAAACAUUUUCCGGAGUCGUCGGAGCGAAAUGGGCCUGGCUCACGAGCCAUAUUGUCGAGUUCACGUCAGUCGGGUCACUGCUCAUCUUCGUAACCAAAAAGCUGAAUGCAGAGGAGUUGAGCAAAAAUCUGGAAAUCAGCGGUUACACGAACGUCUUGCUUCAUGGUGACAUGGACCAAGCAGAUCGUAAUCAAGUGAUAUCUGCGUUCAGGGCCGGUAAAGCCAAUAUCAUGGUGGCCACGGAUGUGGCUGCUCGUGGAUUGGACAUUCCUUCCAUUCGAACCGUAGUGAACUACGAUGUUGCACGAGACCCUGAUACUCACGUGCACAGAAUCGGACGUACUGGUCGUGCUGGAGUCAAGGGAACAGCAUACACUCUCGUUGACCGAGAGAAAGACAAAGAAUUCGCUGGGCAUUUGGUUCGAAAUUUGGAAGCCGUGGGGCAGCAAGUGCCAGAGGAUUUAUUGUCGCUGGCUAAUCAGAGUCAUUGGUUUAGAAAAUCAAGGUUUAAAGGUGGCAAAGGGAAGAGAAUGAACGAUGGUGCGGGUCUUGGGUUCAAGGAGCGACCUGGCCUAGGAUCCAACGUUCCUAAGAGUUCUACCAGUGUGACUUCGACGGUAAGCAGUGGGCAAGGACCGUUGGGCGAAGCUGUGGCUAAUACUGUUGGGCCUGGUUCUGCGGGACGUCUUGCAGCUAUGAAACAAGCAUUCAAAUCCCAGUAUCAGUCUUACUUUAAAUCUUCAGCACCGUUGAAUGCUCCAACUCAGACGGGCUCAACUCCGACAAGCUCAACCCCGAAUCAGGACGGCGAAGGCCAGUCACGGCGGAAGCGAUCUCUAUCAAGAAACGCGGGAAAAUUCGGAACUUAUGAUUUCCUGAGGAUGACGUCGCAAUUCGUGAUUGAUUUUGGCAUUCCAGUUUCUCCUACUGCGAGUACCAUUGUCGAAGAGGAUGUCGCUGCACUUCCGGACACGGAUCCUUCUCAGGAGCAAAUUUCGAGAGAUGGGGUUCGAUGGGUAGCUCCACGUUUUGAACCGGAUUCCCCAACUCCUGCGGAUGAGUCCACCACACCAUCUAAUGCUGCUGUGGCGGCGUGGAAUAACCUACUCGCUGAAGAUGAUGGCGCUCCAGCCCUCGGGCCAGUGAUUAGCCCUACUCUCGCAAGCCUCAUAAAACGUUCUUCUCAAGAAAUCCCUAAUCUUGAGCGAUAUAAAACCCGACUGGAGGCGUUGAAAACUCCUCAAAAUUGCCAGCUUUCAGUACCCAGGGUGCCUGAUGUGGUGUGGGCAACGAUGUCGAGAACUGCGAGGCAAAAGGACUGUGUUCUGCGGGAAAUCGCGACGGAUUUGAUCGCUGGCAUUUCCGGUAUGGCUUGUGCCGUGGGGGCGAGAGAUCAAAUCCAGAAUCCGCGUCAGUUCGGCAUUGCGAUGCAACUGGAAUUAUCCGCAACAGCCAAGCAUUGUGCCGAGUUGGAGGAACAGCAGAAGCAGACUGGUGACAAGCCAUUGUUGAUCGCUUAUGCUUGGUUGAAGAUGUUGGCGUGUCUGUUGCCGAAGAUUGAGAAUUUCCGGAAAGCUUCGAUCGGUCCCUACUUUGGUGUUGCCUGGAAAGGCUUCAACGACCCAAUCGCUAAUGCCAGGCGGUCUCGAACUGGAGCCGCGGGUCAAGACACUGUUUUUGGCGAAUGGAACGUGACCUUUGACCAUCUGACGGAUCCCGCGGUUGCGCGUCACAAUACUAGGACAUCUGCGACACAUCCGGCACGUGCCAAUUCCGGUUUCUCUGCUCCGAAUCCGGACUCGUCAUCGCGACCAUUCCGACGGCGGGUUCAACCGUAUGCUCGUCAGGCUGUGCCGCAGAUCACCCCGUCGUCGUCGUCGUCUUCCCCUCCGACGUCCCAACAGUCUCAACCGGUAACGGGACACUGGCUUUGGGAACAUGGCCCUGGACAAACCAAUGCUGAACUCUGAGUUUUAAUGAAGUGUGUGUGUUUUGUUUUUCGUUGGGAAUGAUGGAAUUUUUUAAAGCGCUGUCGAAGAAAAGAGGGAUUCUCUGGUAUGUAUGUGGGAAAAAAGUUGGUACCGUGGCGAGCGUUGCAGCGUUUUCCGUGCUGCCUGUGAAAAGAAAGACGCAAUCCAAAAGUAUUGCAUUCAAAAGGAACGAUGAAGUUUCAAAUAUUUGGGAGGGAAAUAGUGCACUCACUUCCCUCAAAUUUCGAGCCAUGAUCGAAAACUAUUGAUGUCGAAAGAUUCACCUUUUCAAUUCGGAAAGAAUAAAAAUCGGUGUAAGCAGAAACUAGUCGGCGCCCUACUCGUGAAUGCAGUACAAUAUCUGAUUUCCGGAAGCAUGAAAUUUCUGAUACGCCCAUUGCACUAUUUGUUUGAAAAGUUCAUCUUCCAUUCAAUAACGCCUCUUGAACGCAUUCUCCACCCUUUAGAACACGAUUAACAUUCCUUCAAUAUCGAUUUUGGCGAUGGUUUCUUCUUAAAAUUUAACUUUUCCUCUUCCGAUCUCUUAAUAUCCCUUCCAAAAUUAAUGAACUUCUGAUGAAUCACUGCUCAAGUCCCGUUUCUUGUAAACUUGGGUUGUAUUGCACUGGGAAAAAAAGUUGGAAAAGAUCAACUGUGACGUCAAGUAUGCAUGAAAGAGUACUGAGUGAGGCUUGGUCACCGAUUUUUUCCUUCUUCCUACGUUGUUGCCGAAUCUGUCGGAUGGGAAGAGAAAAUUACGAUCCUUUGUAAAGACAGAAUAAUCUAAACGACUUCCAUCUCGCUGAGAAUUUCUUUGACAAGAAAAAUUGGGAAUAGGACUGCGUGAAAACAUUAAAUACCGCGUGAAGGAUGAGUUUCCUCGUUCGACAAAAACAUCAGAGGUGGAGGUGAACCUUUUUUCAAAUUUUUUACCCGGAGAAAGGAUUCCUGUGGUUCUUGGAGAUUUUGUUGUAAGAGUUUCUAAGUACAGUACCUUAAAAAAGCAUUGCUUGAAGACCCUGAAACGUGUCUCAUCAUAGCUAAGAAAAAACAAACAACGAAUUACACGUUUAAUUUGUUGCAUUAAUUUUCGCACUAUGUCAUGGUUACGUAUAUAUUUUUCGGAUUCCGCGUGGUUUUGUUUUUCGCCAGUGCAAUGCUGUCUCAUAAAUGAAUACGCAUAGUUUUCAUAAAAUGUCAAGUUUCCUGCUCUUACUUAACUGGAAGUACUGUUCGUGAUUGUCAACUUACCAUGAUUUUCGUUUUUCAGGUUGGUCUCGGG